AUGUCACCAUCUGGAGCUCCCAGUAGCUCCCGCCGCUUCUUGCGGCCCAAGCUGCGCCAGGCAACCUUUGUCCUCCCAAGAACCGGUCAGCGCCUCAAAGGCCUCGUGAACCUGCGCAAUCCCACCGAGAGACCAACAGUGCCCGACGAAAAUAAUCAUGAGGAGCUGCGCGGAUUACUCUCUGGCGAAAUUGAGACACAUCAUGAUGGAUUCGCUACACGGAUCUCCGCGCGGGCACGAGAGCUGUGGGCGGGACUUUAUGAGUUCAUUAUCUCCGAGCAAGGCAUUGGCAUACUAAAAUGCGGUCUGGCAUAUUUGAUCGGCUCGAUGGCGACUUUCAUUCCGAUCAUUUCUACGUACCUUGGCCAUCAGGAUGGAAAGCAUAUGGUGGCUACUGUGACAGUAUAUUUCCACCCGGCGAGAACCAUAGGAAGCAUGUACCGGGCCUUAAUCUGCGCACUGCUUGCGUUUUGUUACUCCGCCUUCAUUUCAAUCACGAGUAUGCUGCUUGAAAACCUCUUUCAGGAUACACUGGAUUUACCGGUGCUUGGCCAUGCCUUGGUCCUGGUUGUUUUCGUCGGUGGAGGACUCGGGUUUGUCGGGUGGACUAAACAGCGACUCGGUGAUCCAUUGGUAAAUGUCGCCUGCUCGCUUACGGCACUGUCAACCAUCACUGUUUUGACCAAAGAAGGCGCCGUGCAGAGUGGUGACCUCUCCCUGGAGAAGAUCUCACAGGUUCUGAAGAUGGUCAUCAUGGGUGUUGUCGUGGCUAUGGCGGUAUCUUUUUUGAUAGUCCCCAUCUCAGCACGAAAGAAGCUUCGAUCCAAUCUGGUCAUAGCCACGGACACCCUGGCGACCAUGCUAGCUAUCAUGACAGAUGCUUUCUUAAGCGGAUCCGAAGAAGAAUUGACAGUGGCAGAAUUCGUUGAUGCGGAAGCAAAGCAUCGCAAGGCCUACUCCCAACUGGAUAAAUUAAUCCGAGAAGCCAAACUAGAGCAUUUCUUCGGAGGCACCGAAAAGGAAUAUCGACUUGAGAAGAAGCUUGUUCGCUGGGUGCAGGACAUCACCCAUAACAUGGGAGGAUUGCGCAGUGCCGCAGAGCUCCAGUUUAGUCUGAUUCGGGAAACAAUUUCUCGGGAAUCUGGCUCAAGCGGACUCCCUACUCCUUAUGCCGACUAUGUUGCAUCUCUUGAGCGCUCAUGGUCUUUUCCCGAUGGCUCUUUCCUGGAACCGAUAGAUGAACGUCCCGAGGCGGAAUUAUCGCCAGGUGGAAGCUAUAACGCUGCAGCACAGCAAGACAAGGAUGCAUCUCUUCUUCCUGCGGACGUGUUUACUAUCUUUAUAUCCCACCUUGGCCCUUCUAUGCGGUCAUUGACGUUCACCAUGAAAGAAAUCUUCAACGAGAUCCCAUUUGGCCCAGCUCCAAACUACAAGGUCUCGGUGGAUAAUCGGCUUCAUACCAGUCUAGAUCGUGCUCUUGAUCUCUACCGGGAGUCACGACGAAAGACACUCAAGUCGCUCUACGAACAAACAGAAGCGAUGAAGAUGAGGAGCCCCGAAGCCGAGGCGGACUUGGAAGAAGUAUCAGCUAGCUGCGGUCAUUUUAGUUUCUCGCUUCUGGAGUUUGGAGAGCAGCUCCACGAGCUGUUAGCUAUCCUAGACGAGCUGCAGUUAGAAACCGAAGAAAGACCCAAUGGUAGAUCUUGGUCUUGGAUGAAGUUCUGGCGUACAGACAACAAAAGCGCGGAUUCAGAACUAUCUAGUGGUGCAGAGAGUUACCGACACCUGCAGCUCUCACGCAGUAUGGGCUCAGAGGAUAGAUUAACGGCCGCAUUGAGGGCUCGUAUACGACCAAGCAGAGAAAGCACUGUGAAGGAGAGAAUGGGCUACCGGCUUUGGAAGUCACUCGGAAUCUUCCGAAGGGAUGACACCAAAUAUGCGAUCAAGGUUGGUGCAGGUGCUGCUCUUUACGCUUUGCCUGCCUUUCUUCCUUCUGCUCGGCCAUUCUACCAGCACUGGAGAGGAGAAUGGGGUUUGCUGUCGUACAUGCUGGUUUGUUCCAUGACAAUUGGUGCUUCCAAUACGACAGGCUAUGCUCGUUUUCUCGGUACUUGUCUUGGAGCCUUGUGUGCCAUGCUGGCCUGGUAUUCCACCGGUGGCAAUGUCUUUGGCCUUGCAUUUCUCGGGUGGUUAAUGGCCACCUGGACAGCCUGGAUCACCAUCGUUCGAGGCAAUGGGCCCAUGGGACGGUUUAUAAUGUUGACCUAUAACCUGUCUGUACUUUAUGCAUACUCGCUUUCACAGAAGGAUGCGGAUGGCCGCGACGACGAAGGAGGCCAGAACCCAAUCAUUCCUGAGAUUGCCCUUCACCGAGUCGUGGCAGUGUUGUCUGGCUGCAUUUGGGGUAUCAUCAUUACCCGCUUUAUUUGGCCCAUCCGUGCGAGAACCCGGUUGAAGGAUGGCCUUAGUAUUCUCUGGUUGAGGCUGGGUCUUGUGUGGAAGCGUGACCCGCUGUCGGCCAUGGCCAGGAAUGGCCGGUCCAUGGUGUAUAUGACUGCACGGGAGAGACUUGAGCUUGAGCGAUAUCUCACUCGGCUUGAAUCCCUUCUGGCUGCCGCACGCUCCGAGUAUGAGCUGAGGUGUGCAUUUGAUGAUGUCCCGUAUGCCAGUAUUAUUCGGCGCACUCGCAACAUGGUGAAUGCAUUCCAUGCCAUGAACCUGGAGCUGAUGAAGAGUGACACUGCCACGGCGGGGGAGAUCUGCCUUCUUCAGUAUACAGCUGUUGAGCGGCAGCAGCUCUCUGCUCGCAUCAGUCACCUCCUAACAGUGAUGGCGUCUUCCAUGAAGCUCGAAUACCCGUUGAGCGAUGUUCUACCUAGUAUCGACCAUGCACGCGACCGACUGCUGGCUCGCAUCUAUCGCUACCGCCAAGAUCAUGAGGUUUCUCAACUGACCACAGACGAAGAUUGUGCUCUGCUGUAUGCAUACAUCUUGGUGACUGGCCAGUUGUCGAAGGAGAUCAUGGAGAUCAUCGCGGAUAUCGGGCAGUUAUUCGGAGUCUUAAGUGAAGAUGUAGUACAGCUAGUGUAA